UUCUUUUUUUGUUUUCGUGUUUUGAUAUAAAAAAUUUUCCAAUUUGCGACGCGAUGUAGUAAUUGAGCAAAUUCGAAUUCCUUUCAUAAAUCAUCAGACGUUCAAGUAAAAAUCGUGAUAAAACAAUUACCCAUAAACCUCAACGAUUCUAGUAUACAAACAAUUCAAACAAACAUGUUCAUUAUUCCAUAAAAAACACUCACAAUGAGGAUGCACCCUUGGAACCCCGUACCAGGGGAAAGAAGUUAUGGCAUUGCCAUACAUAACUAUCAGGAAGUGGGAGAAUUCCGAAUUAAACUCACGGUUGGGGAAUGUGUACGUAUCCUACAGGAAUGCGAAGACUGGUACUACGGUUACGCGACUAAAAACAAGCUGGUUCUUGGUAUAUUUCCCAGAUCUUUCAUCCAUAUCAUGGAUCCUUCGCAUAAAGACACAGCGUGUGGCACUUACACGUACGGUAGUCAAUCAAAUAUUCCUUCCGAAGUUACCUCUGUUUUAAGAGAAUGGGGAGCCAUUUGGAAAAAACUGUAUAUUUCAAACAAUCCGCACUUUAAAACGAUAGAAAAUAAAAUGCACGAACUGAUUAGGUUACGUUGUAAGAUACUUUCUGGUACAUUACCAGUCGAUGAACUCAAAGAGGUGAAAAGACUAGUCACUUGGUAUAUAGAUGUAGGAAAUAAGAUUCUUGGCUUGGAUAUGGUUGUACGUGACGAUCAAGGGAAUAUUCUGAAUCCAGAUAGUACGUCGGUUAUCGAACUCUAUCGACAUCAUGAGAUAGCAACUCAACGGAUAAUGACACCAGCGUGUGAAAUACAAAACAACGUCAGUCAACCAGUUGCCUCACAAUCUCAUACUUAUACGUUUUACUUAUCUGUACGUAAGCUGAUUUGUAAACCGAUGGAAGACAUCGAGUUAUUGAUUACACUGUACGAUCAGAAAUCCUCGAAACCAUUUUCCGAAAACUACGUUAUCAGAUGUACUCGAGAAAUGGUUCAGUCCGAUGCCGACAAAUACCAUAAUUUUAGAGCUUUAUUUAUUGAUUUAGGUAUCCGAGAUUUAAACCUUGAAAAAGUCUAUCUAGUCUGUUAUGUGAUAAGAAACGGAGCUAUGGAAGCUGACACCAAUAAUAAAAAUAAUUCGAAAACUAGCAUCAAUGAUAUGUACUCGGUUAGAAGACCGUACGCGGUCGCUUGUAUGAAUUUAUCACCGUAUUUUAAAAAUGCUAUCGAAUCUGAUGAAGAUAGAAAUCAUUUUUUACCACUAUUGCUUUGUGAAAAAGAUACUCUCGAUAAUACUUUGAAGAAAUGUUUCAAUCAAAGAGAUUUCCCAUUCAAAGAUAAUAGACAAGGAGUCGUAGUGAAUUUCAAACUCUUACAAGCUGAUUUGAAACAAGUACGAGAAGAAAAUCCUCAUCUUGUCUUCGGUAAUAUCGCGGUAGUACGUAAAAUGGGGUUCCCGGAGGUCAUAUUACCCGGAGACGUACGUAACGAUCUCUACUUGACGCUAAUCAACGGCGAAUUCUCCAAAGGAACUAAUAAAUCGUCCGAUAAAAAUAUCGAAGUCGUUGUAACCGUUUGUAACGAAAAAGGUGUUCCGUUACAGGGUGGUAUUAUUUUAGGUUCGGGUAUCGAGCCACAGACUGAAUACCAUUCGGUGGUGUAUUAUCACGAAGAUAAACCUAAAUGGUACGAAACGUUGAGAGUUGUCGUAGCUAUCGAGGAUUUCAAAGGAUGCCAUUUAAAGUUUUUAUUUAAGCAUAGGUAUGUUGCUGAUCAGAAACAGAAAACUAUAACGUUCUUAUCGUCCAAAAAUGAUAGUAAAGAAAAGAACGAGAAACCUUUCGCUAUGGCUUUCGUCAGGCUUAUGCAAGAAAAUGGGACUACGUUGAAGGAUGAAGUACACGAUUUAUUGGUGUACAAGGUUGAUCCAAAGAAAUACGAACCGAUCGAUAUAGUUUAUUUGGAACUGGCGUCGACCAGAACUGAAUUAUUAGAAGGAGCCAGAACAACGAUGCCAGGAUUGACUCUAUGUAAUAAAGAUACAUUUUUCAUUCAAACUAAAGUGUGCUCUACAAAACUUACACAAAAUGUUGAUUUACUCGGAUUGUUGAACUGGACCAGUGAUCCUAGUCGUAUAACUUUGAAUUUAUCAUCGUUAAUGAAAGUAGACGGUGAAGAAGUAGUUAAGUUUUUACAAGAUGUCUUGGAUACCUUGUUUAAUAUCUUGAUGCUGAAUUCCGACUCGAACCACGAUAUAAAAGUGUUCGAGUGUCUACUUUACGUUAUCGAUUUGAUCCUUGAUCGAAAGUACCAGCAUUUUCAACCAGUAUUAGACGUAUACAUUCAAGAAAGUUUUAGCGCCACGUUAGCUUACGAGAAACUCGUUAUCACGUUGGAAGAAUACGUUCGGAAUGUUGCCAACGUUCAAAAUGUUACCAGUUAUGAGAAAGAUAUUAUGAUGAAAAUUAUGAAAUCUUUGACUUACAUCAUGAGGUUCAUCACCCGAUCUAGAUACUUAUUCGCACAAUUGUACGAAGGAAAAGAGUUGGAAAAAUUUGAAGAAUCAAUGACCUCGUUGUUGAGAAGCUUUGCAGACAUGAUGUGCCAUAAAACAGAUGCCUCUUUACUCAUACAAGCCGCGUGUCUUAAAUAUCUUCCUCCUACAAUUCCCGAUAUUUUGACUGUAUUCAGUCCGAUCAAAUUAAGCUCUCUUUUAAUGGAGUUGAUCAAUGGUCUACCACCGAAUCGGUUAACUAAGCAGAAGAUGAUGACCAUUGAUGACAUUAUCCAUAGUCCGCUCUUCCUAAUACCCGAUUGUCGUAGGGUUCUCUUGUCGCAGAUACUCUGCUUGGUGAAACAUUUAUUAGAGAAUUCUGACGAGGGUAUUAUGAGCGCCGAACAUAGACGCAAUAAAUCGAAAUCCGUAGCGAAAAUCGCCAAGGUGUUGGGAGCCAGCGGUUUUGAAAUACAACCGCCCGAUGAAAAUAUAUCGCAACUGGAGUUAUGUAUUAAAAUAUUGAGUGAUGUUAUGGAUCUGUUGUUUAAAUCCGAGUCCAACGCCACGUUCGUCGAUGUGAAAGAAAUCAUGUUGAUCAUUUUACGUACUGUCAUUCAAACAACCAUUCAAAUGGAUAGAGAAAGCUCCUUAGCGGGUAAUUUGGCUUCGAUAAUGAUCUCGAUCUAUCGCCAGAUGUCACCUCAGCAUUUCGAAGCAUACAUCAAUCAUUUCGUAACUAGAUCGGAUUUAUUGGAUUUCCUGAUGGAGAUACUAAUGGUGUUCAAAGAUCUGAUAUCCAGACCGGUAUACCCGACCGAUUGGUGUGAAAUGAUCUUGCUUCAGAAUAGCGUGAUUCUAAAAUCGUUACGAUUCUUUUCGCACACGAUUCGCGAUUUCUUUACACUCGAAUUCGAGUACCAAGUUUGGAAUAAUUUUUUCCACUGCGCCGUAUCGUUUUUAACGCAACCUGCAUUGCAAUUGGAGACAUUUUCGCAUAGCAAGAGAUGGCGUAUUACGACCAGAUACAAAGAUAUGAGAAGAAUUGCCGGCCACGAGAUUCGUAUCAUGUGGUUUAAUCUGGGUACGUUUACUCGUCAAAAUAAAUCAAAAUUCGUUCCUCAUUUGGUGAGCCCGUUCCUCGAAAUGACCCUCAUACCGGAAGAAGAACUGAGGAAGUUGACGAUACCGAUAUUUUUCGACAUGAUGCAGUCUGAGUUUUACUCGUAUCGUGAUAUUCUUGGUGAUAAGAAGGAUACCAACAAGAUUAAAUAUAAUUUUUCCGAGUUCGAGAACGAGAUGAUCGCCAAAUUGGAUAAUCUCGUCGAAGGUGGAAGUGGCGAUGAACAGUACAAGACUUUGUUCCAUACGAUUAUGAUGAAUUUGAGCGAAAAUCAUACCAAUAUGAAAGAACAGGGUGUUAGAUUCGUAUCAGUGGUGACUCGAUUGAUGGAAAGGCUCCUCGAAUACAGACGUAUCAUCAAUGACGAAAGUAAAGAAAACCGUAUGAUUUGCACGGUUAAUUUAUUGGAUUUUUAUAACGAAAUCAACAGAAAAGAGAUGUACAUCCGUUACGUGAAUAAAUUAUGCGCUUUGCACUUGGAAUGUGAGAAUUACACGGAAGCGGCGUAUACGUUGCGAUUACACAGCAAAUUACUAUCGUGGUCGGAUACCGAGUUAUCGCCUUUACUACGAAGUCCCAAGUAUCCGCAUUGCGAGACUCAUCGUCAGCUAAAGGAAGCCCUUUAUCAAGAAAUGAUCGCGUUCUUCGAUAAAGGAAAGAUGUGGGAAUGCGCGGUUUGCAUUUGUAAAGAAUUAGUCAGACAAUACGAAGAAGAAACUUUCGAUUACGAUAAAUUGAGCGCGUUAUUGAAACGAAUGUCGCAAUUCUACGAUUGCAUUGUCCGGCAAGACAGACCAAACCCUGAGUAUUUCAGAGUCGGAUAUUACGGCAAAGGAUUCCCGUCGUUUUUGAGUAAUAAAGUUUUUGUGCAUCGUGGCAAAGAAUAUGACCGGCUGAGCGAUUUCUGCAGUCGUAUGAUGAACCAAUACCCGAAUGCUGAACAGAUGACUAAAUUAACUCCUCCGGGAAAUGAUAUUUUAGAAUCGCCUGGACAACAUUUACAAAUCAAUCACGUCGAACCGAUUAUGGACGAAAGGAAGCAAAAGCUAUUCAAUAAACAAAUCAACGAACGAAUUCUACGUUACCACAGAAAAAACAGUAUUUACAAGUUCCAGUACUCGAGACCGUAUUAUAGUAAAGAUGGAGACGGUGACGACGAUAAUAGCUUUGGUAAUUUAUGGCUCGAACGCACAGUAUUGGAGAUCUCUGCACCAUUACCUGGUAUUCUGCGCUGGUUCCCAGUCGUUGCAUCCGAAACAUACCACAUUAGUCCAUUGAGAAAUGCCAUUGAAACCAUGCAGAAUUCAAAUAAGAAAUUGAGAGAGUUGGUGAUAUCGUACAAAAAUGACGCCACGUUACCUUUGAAUCCUUUGAGUUUAAAAUUGACCGGUAUCGUUGAUGCUGCUGUCAUGGGAGGUGUUAAUAAUUAUGAAAAGGCCUUCUUCAUACCAGAAUACGUAGAAAAGCAUCCGGAAGAUGUUGAUCUCAUUAAUACAUUGAAAGACUUGAUCGCUUCUCAAAUCCCACUACUGGAUAUAGGUAUCCAAAUCCAUGGCCAAAGAGCUCCUCAAUCGCUGGGAGGGUUACAGAAACGUAUGGAGGAACAGUUUAACGAUAUGAAGAUCAGAAUCGAAGAUAAAUACGGCAAAAAGGUGUCCGAUAUUAAAUUCGAAAACAUCAAGUUCAGAAGACGUACCACCACUGGCCAUUCGCUUUCAGCCUAUAAUAACGAAGACAGAUUAUCUCAAGCUAGCAUCGGCUCCGUAGAGGGACGAUCUUUAAGAAGUAUUGUUAGUCUGCCGAGUCCUUUUUCUUCUACUCCCACCCUGUACAGAAGUCACAACACGGCUAAAGCCUCAUUAUCGGCUACCUCGCUAUCCACAAGCUUAGCAAUGUUCGCGGCUCCGGUGUUAUCAAACUCGUCUUCGGUAACACCGACGCAGAAAUUCGGCACGAUCAGUUCGUUAGCGAAACGCGAAAAAAAGGAUAAGAAGAAACGCCGCAAUCGAACCGAGAGUAAAAUAUCCUUGGAAACAGACUCGUACUACUCCAGAGAUAGCGGCUGUUCGGGGAAUAGUCAAUGGUAUACGACUCCUAACAGCGAUGCCGAUUCCAUGUCAUUAUCUUCGUUCAAUAGCAGUAUUCUUCAAACAUCUACUGUCGAUUUACAAGAUACGAGAAGCUUAAAGUUGGGCAGAUCUGAUAGUGAAAAAGGAAAAACAUCUAGACCAUCGAGCGAUUCAUCGCUGACCUUAUUAGAAGCUACCAGUGGUAUGCUGUCGCCUAUGAAUAGAGAUUCGUUCGUGUGUCCUGGAAAGUCCCGAAGAACGACGAUGAGUUUUGACUGGAUGAAUUUUUUGAGAUGACGCAACCAUUUUCAUUUUAUUGCUACGAGUGCUUUCAACAAACGAGUUGAAAAUAUUUUAUUCAUCGACAGGGCGUUCGAACAUUUUAUUCGAAGUGGAAAUGAUUGAAAAAAAAUGGGAGAAAAUUGAUAUCUUUUCUUGGGUUUCAAUUUGAAAUUGAAGUCAUUAGUUCCUAAAUUUAAAUUUAAUAAUACGUACAAGCAUUUUUUUAAAAAAUUGAGUUACCUUUUGGUUCAAAAAUGUUUUUAUUUUGUUGACUUUUUUUCUUUUUGUAUUUUUGAAAUAAGUUUUACUCGUGAUUGUACAGGUAAUUGUAGAUAAUGUUGAAAAAAUUUGUGAAUAGAAAUAUUAAUUGUUUCAUUGAUUAAAAUUGAAAUCAAAUGGUGAGAAUGUUUUUGAAAAUUCGUGCAAUCUUCCCUUCCUCUUCUUUCGCUGGGCUCGUACUAUGUUACUUUUUCAAGUACCUAACUGAGUUACUGAAGUUACUUAUGUAGUAACUUUUGGUUACUUUUUCAAUAUUUUCAUUACUGGAGAUACCUUUUCUUCAAAAUUUUCAAAAAUUAGAUUUUUUUCAAAUCUUAGCCAUACUUUUUGAAGAAAAAAAAAAAAAUUUCAACAAUAUCAACAAAAAAUUCAGAAUUUACCAAAUUAUUCACUUUUUCAAUCUUUUCUUACUGAUUGCGUACACUUUUUUUUUCUCAACGAAGCCCUUUCUUUGAUUGAAAUUGUCGAAGUCUCUUUUUUUUUCUUCCAAAAAUAGCAAAAAGCCUUGGCUUUUUUGCCAAAAAGUUUCAUUUCUGGUCAAAAAAUGCUGAAAGUUUUCGCUUGUUUGCAAAAAAUUUCAAAUGUUUCGCUUCUUUUUCGAAAAUUGUGCAGAAAUAUCGCUUUGUUGUCAAAAAACGUCUUAAACGUCUCGUUUUCUGUCAAUAUUUUCUAACAAGUCAUUCUGGUACCAAAAAGUUGAAAAAAAGCCUCACAUUUUCGACAAACAGGCUCACUUAUUUGACAACCAUCGACAAAAAAAUUGGGGUCAUUUUUUUGUUGGUAAUUUCCAUCAAGUUUUUUUUGCUUUUAGCCAAAAAUUGACAAAAAUUCUCGUUUCUUACAAAAUUUCUGAAAAAUCUUGCUUUUUCUACCUAAACGUUACGGUGCCAAUAAUUACGUAACAGUCUCACUUUUUUGCCAAAAUCAAGUUUCACUUGUUUGCCAAAAAUUUAUAAAACUUGUUGAUUUUUUGAAGAAAAAAAAAUUCCAAAGUUUGAAUAUUUUUUCAAAUUGCUUAAAAGUCUCGCUUUUUUGCCAAAAAUUGCCAGAGAAGCUCUACUUUUUGCUAAAUUGUCAAAACGUUGCUUUCUUGUUAAAUAUUGCGAAAUAGUCUCACUUUUCUGACAAAAAUUUCGCAAUAGUAGGUAUCAUUUUUGACGAAUAAUUGCCCAAAAGUCUAUUUUUUUCAUUUUUAAACGAAAUAUUCUAGUUUUUUUUGUGAUUUUUUUCAAACAUUAAAAAAUUUGGCUCACGUCUUGUGACUUUUUUGGUUACAAAAGUUCUUUUUUUGUUGUUGAAAAAAUCGAGUAUGAGUCCUGCGUUUUUCCUUUAAAAGUAUUUUGAAUUUUUUGAUCGAUGCGAAAAGUCGAAAAGUGAAUUUAAAAUACACUUCAAUUUUCUUACAAAAUUUUCCGAAAACUUUGAUAAAAUUCAGCGAAAAUAAAAUUGCAUUAAACGUAGAUGAAACAAUGUUAAAAGUGAAAUGAAAAUAUGUACUUGAAAAAAAAAAUUAAAAAUGACCAAAAAUAGAUAUCAUUUUAGCGAAAUUUGGUGAGAUGUUGUGAAAACUACACGAAGUAUCGUCACCAAAUUUUAUUGAAAUUUUUUAUCCAUUUUUCUUGCAUUUUGCCAAAUUUUUAUGACCACUUUUAUAAAUGUUUUCAUGCCAUUUUAACAUGUUUUGACAAGGUUUUAUGUACAAGUAAUUUUGUGUAAAUUUUGAUGAAAUUAUUGUCACAGUUCAAAGAAGGUCUUCUCUUUGGCUUUAAAAUAACAAUUUUUAUUUCUGUAUUUCGUUAACUCUCGAAUAAAAUAUUUUUUGUUGCAUUGAA